AUGGAAAAUCUGACUUUAAAUGAGGACCUCCUCAUCUUGGAGGGAUUAAAGGUCACUUCUCAGUUUAAGACCCCUGCCUUUAUCCUCCUCCUCCUCCUCAGCUUCAUCUUCAUCAUAGUGUCUAACAUGGGCCUGGUGGUGCUGAUCUUUAGGAGCAGGAGCCUUCGUCAGCCCAUGUACCUGCUCUUCUGUAACCUUGUCAUUAAUGAUAUUUUUGGAGCAGCGAUAAUAAUCCCUCAUGUUCUCAAAGACAUUUUAAUCCUUCACUCAGAGCGAUACAUUCAUUACAUAAACUGUGUGGCUCAGUCUUUUUGUGUGCACUUUCAUGGCAUUGCUUCCCACACUGUACUUAUGGUCAUGGCCUUUGACCGAUACCAGGCCAUCUGUAACCCUCUACGCUACACCUCCAUCAUGACCAACAGGAUGGUGGUGAAGCUGUCGGUGGUGGCGUGGGGGUCUGCUUUUGUGAUGGUGGUCAUACCCACAGGCCUCACCGUCCGCCUGUCACGCUGCAGGAGGAUCAUUCCCAACCUGUUCUGUGAUAACGCCUCUUUGUUCAACCUUUCCUGUGAAAACAUCUUCAUCGAUAACAUCUACAGCCUCGCAUACACCGUCCUCCUGCUCAGCUCUUCCAUCGGCAGCGUCACACUCACCUACCUGAAAAUCGCUGCAGUGUGUGUGCGCAGUAAAAGCAAAUCUCUGAACAGGAAAGCGUUGCAGACCUGUGCUUCCCACCUGGCUCUGUACGUCCUGCUGGUGGCGUUGGGCUUCAUCGUCAUCAUCCUACAUCGAUUCCCUCAGUUUUCCGACCACAGAAAGAUAGUGACUGUAAUGGGACACAUCAUAAUACCAGCUCUGAAUGCAGUGAUCUACGGUGUGCAGAUAAAAGAGAUCAGGCAGACAAUAAAGGCUCUGUUUCACAUCCACAAAGUGGCCCUGAAAGGAAAAUAA